AUGCGCCCAGCCGCAAACCCCGCCUUUGCCCCAGCUGCUCUGGCGGGGUACAGCGGGCACCAGCCCCACUCCAGCCAGGACUUCCCCUACCACAGCCAACCCCAGGAGCCCAUCCCUGCGGCCAUCACUGUGGCGCCCUGCCAGGACAAUUACAGCUACCAACAGUCCGCGGCUUCCAGGAGCUACGAGGAAAGGCCAUACUUCCAGCCUCCUGCUCCCCAUCCUGGGCGCACGACAGCUGCAGCCUCCUGCAAGCCAGGGACCCAAGAGGCCUGCGGGCAGCCCGGCCCCCACGGCAGUCACAGCCACGCUCAGCCCCCACGACAGGCGCCCAUGGUGGAGGCUGGGCAGCCAGCGAGCGCCUUAUCCUCAGGCUACACCUGCCCCACGGAGACAGGCAUCCAGCCCGAGGCCUCGGCAUCCAUCGUGACCUCCUACCCCCUGCCCUCCUACGAUGCCACCUGCACCCCCUACACGGGACCAAGCUGCCCAAGCUGUGACGCCUCGGUGUACUCCACCACAGCGCAGCCUGCGUCUCCCCCGGGAACCCCACAGCAGUUGCUCCUGCUGCCCACGCCUGUGGGCUCAGGAAGCAGCCCCAGAGCUGCCCCAAAGCCACCACUUCCCAGCAAGCUGCCAACACCCAAGGCAGGGCCCAGGCAGCUCCAGCUUCACUACUGCGACAUCUGCAAGAUCAGCUGCGCAGGCUCCCAGACCUACCGGGAGCAUCUGGGAGGGCAGAAGCACAGAAAGAAGGAGGUGGCCCAGAAGACAGGCGUGCAGCCCAACGGCAGCCCGCAGGGGGUGCAGGCGCAGCUCCACUGUGACCUGUGCUCCGUGUCCUGCACCAGGGCAGACGCCUACGCAGCCCACAACCGGGGAGCCAAGCACCAGAAGGUCUUCAAGCUGCACGCCAAACUGGGGAAGCCCAUUCCCACGCUCGAGCCUGCCGGGGCCACGGAGAGUCCCCCCAGGGCUGAAGCCAAGGCCAUGCCCCUCACCAGCCCCAGUGUGUGUGCCCCGAGCAGGCCAGCGCUGGCCAGGAUACCUGUGGCCUCAAAGGCCUCAUGCAAGGGUACGUGUCUCUGCAUUCUCUGCCAUGUCUACCCACGUGUUCACGUACCCACACGCGCCCUGGCCACCUAGUGAGAGUUUCCUGAGCGGUCACCAUCCAGUC